AUGAAACUUCCAUACCUUAAUCGUCUUGAAAUAUUAACAAUUGAAGGUAUUCCAUCGAAUUUACAUUAUUUAAAAGAAUUAUUUCUUGCUGCACCAAAUUUAUCUGUAUUAGUUAUUGAUUUAAAUUGUUUAUUAACUAUACUUGAAGAUGAAAAUCAAUCACUUAUAUUAUAUGUUCUUUUUCAUAAACAUAUUCGUGAUCUUUGUAUACGUAUAUCAGAUAAUAAUGAAACAAAUCAAUUAACUACUGAAAAGAUUCAUCUUAUUGGACGAAUAUUUACUCAAGUUAGAAAUUUAACAAUCGAUCAUGAAGAAUCUAAUGAAUAUAUUGAAUCAAAUUUAAUUAAAUUUGUUAUAAAUCAAUUUCGACAACUUGUUAUAUUACACAUCUACGGUAAAAUUCCUAAUGAUAUGGUUAAUUCUCAUAUUCGACAAUGGUUUAUUGAACAAAAUUGUUUUCAAAUAAAAUCUACUGAUAUUUUUCGAAUUGAAUGUAGUAAUACAUGGUUUAAAUUGUGGUUAUAA